CCCCCCCCUCUUAGCGCACGCAGCCAUGGAGGACAAACCCAACUCGUUCUCCGGUGCCAAGGAGGAGAAAGCGGACGGGAAUAACGCGUUCCAGCGGCAGGACUCCAUCCAGAAGAACAACAGCACGGGCGGCCAGAACCCGAAGGAGCACGGCAACUCGGUGGGCUUCAAGGGAGAGCGCGACGAGGCCAUGGUGGGCUUCGACGACCUGGAGGCGGCAUCCAGGCAACACGGGUUCAUGCAGAGGCAAUUCGGGGCCAUGAUGCAGCCCGGAGUCAAUAAGUUCUCCCUGCGGAUGUUCGGCAGCCAGAAAGCGGUGGAGAAGGAGCAGGAGCGGGUGCAGACGGCCGGCUACUGGAUCAUUCACCCGUAUAGCGAUUUUAGGUUCUAUUGGGACUUGAUAAUGCUCAUCAUGAUGAUGGGGAAUCUAAUCAUCAUUCCUGUGGGAAUAACCUUCUUCUCAGAGCAGACCACCACCACCUGGUUGGUGUUCAACGUGGCCUCGGACACCAUCUUCCUGGUGGAUCUGGUCAUGAACUUCAGGACGGGCAUCGUCAACGAGGAGAGCUCCGAGAUCAUUCUAGACCCCAAGGUCAUCAAGAUGAACUACCUGAAGAGCUGGUUCGUGGUGGACUUCCUGUCAUCCAUACCAGUGGAUUAUAUCUUUUUGAUCGUGGAGAAAGGCUUCGACUCUGAAGUGUACAAGACGGCGCGCGCCCUACGCAUCGUCCGCUUUACCAAGAUCCUCAGCCUGUUGCGCCUGUUGAGACUGUCUCGACUCAUCCGAUACAUACAUCAGUGGGAGGAGAUCUUCCAUAUGACCUAUGAUCUGGCUAGCGCUGUGGUAAGAAUAUUUAACUUGAUAGGCAUGAUGCUGCUGCUGUGUCACUGGGACGGCUGCCUCCAGUACCUGGUGCCUCUGCUCCAAGACUUCCCCCCUGACUGCUGGGUGUCGCUGAACGGUAUGGUUAAUGUGUCCUGGGGCAAGCAGUACUCAUACGCCCUCUUCAAAGCCAUGAGCCACAUGCUGUGCAUCGGCUACGGCGCCCGGGCGCCGGUGAGCAUGUCGGACCUGUGGAUCACGAUGCUGAGCAUGAUCGUGGGCGCCACGUGCUACGCCAUGUUCGUGGGACACGCCACCGCGCUCAUCCAGUCGCUGGACUCGUCGCGUCGGCAGUACCAAGAGAAGUACAAGCAAGUGGAGCAAUACAUGUCCUUCCACAAGCUUCCGGCGGACAUGCGGCAAAAGAUCCACGACUACUAUGAACACCGCUACCAGGGCAAGAUCUUCGAUGAGGACAACAUUCUUAGCGAACUCAAUGAUCCACUCAAAGAGGAAAUUGUCAACUUCAACUGCCGCAAGCUGGUGGCUACCAUGCCACUAUUUGCCAAUGCUGACCCCAACUUUGUGACGGGCAUGCUGAGCAAGCUGAAGUUUGAGGUCUUCCAGCCCAACGACUACAUCAUCCGUGAGGGCACCGUCGGCAAGAAGAUGUACUUCAUCCAGCACGGGGUUGCCAGCGUCAUCACCAAGUUCAACAAGGAGAUGAAGCUGACGGAUGGGUCCUACUUCGGAGAGAUCUGCCUUCUCACCAAGGGCAGAAGGACAGCCAGCGUGAGGGCCGACACCUACUGCCGCCUCUUCUCGCUGUCCGUGGACCACUUCAACGAGGUUCUGGAGGAGUACCCUAUGAUGCGACGGGCCUUUGAGACGGUCGCCAUCGACCGCUUGGAUCGUAUCGGGAAGAAGAACUCGUUGCUGCUGCAGAAGUUCCAGAAGGACCUGAACGCCGGCGUUUUCAACACGCAGGAGAACGAGAUCUUGAAACAGAUAAUUCGCCAGGACCGGGAGAUGGUGAUGAUGGUGGAACGCAAGCAGUCGGUCAGCGGGAUGAACUCGACGCCAAUGUCCGGCAACUCCAUCAUUAACUCGCCAGCGCAGCCGCCCUUCUCCGCCGCCUUUGGGAUGAGUCAGUUCCAGCAGUCGUCGGUCCCUUUGACCUACAGUGCUUCAGCUAUCGCCAACGCCUCCGCUGCCCGAAUGCUGCCGGCUGCCGCCGCAGCGGCCCUCUACCCCACCACCAGCGUUUCGCAUCUCGGUUCCUCCUCCGCCAACCCUCAGACACCGCUCCAGGGAGCCAUCAUGUCGCCGUGCUCCUUCACGGCCGCCGUGUGCAGUCCACCGGUACAGACGCCACUGGCCAGCCGGAGCUUCCAAUACGGCUCUCCCACGGCGUCCCAGCUGUCGCUCAUCCAGCAGCCUGUCGGCCAGGCGUCUCUCACCGGCCAGCAGUCGCAACUUAGCCAGCAGACACCUGUGUCAGCUGCGGGCGGUCCCGCGACGCAGCAGCAGUCUCCGCAGCAGCAGCAACAACAGGUCCCUUCGCCCCAGCGAGGCGACAUCCACAAGAGCACGCAGGCUCUGCAGUCCGGCAGCUUGAGUCGAGACGUGCGACACUUGUCGGCCUCGCAGCCAUCCCUGCCGCACGACACGUCGCUUGGGCUGCGGGCGCAUCAGGCCUCGGGCGACUCGCUGGCCUCCAUCACGCCGCUUGCGGUGACAGCGGCUGCGGCGGCCAUCCAGGGGAUGAGUCUCCAGAGCGGCAUCCGCACCACAGUGCCCCAGCGGGUAAAUUUGUUCCGGCAGAUGUCGUCGGGGGCCCUGCCGCCCGUCCGCUCCACAUCGGCGGCGACGGCAGCCUCGUCGUCAUCAGGUCAGCACAGGGAAUCCCCUGGCUCACGGAGAGAUUCUGUCCUGAGCAGUACGGAGACUGACCAAGACAAAAUGCGCUUUGCAUCAAAUUUAUGAUCCCAUUUUUUUCUUUUUGAUUUUUUUUUUUUUUAACCAUGAAGGAGCUCCAAACUACUUUAGCAUUGUUUUCUCUUCUCAGAUAACCUCAUUGAAAUCGUGUAGAUACGACACCCUUGGAUUAUAUUUUAGACACAUUGUCUCCCUACUUAAGAAUGUAUAUUAUACAGAUAAUCUCUUUUUCUUUUAUGCCAUAUCUAGGAAUAUAUACACAUACAGUAUCUGGUAUAUGGCCUGUAUGUGUGUGUGUGUGUGUGUGUGUGUGUGUGUGUAUAUAUAUAUGGUACGAAUGUGAGCGUUGAGAGAUUGCGCGAGUGCAUGUGACUGCGUGUUGAAAUCCAACUAUAAUAUAUUUCGCAAUGGCAAUUGAAAAAAAGCUGUAGUAUAAAAAAAAACACGUCUUCCUUUCUGAGAAAUAUAAUGAAUUAUAUACAAUGUAUGACUUUUUUUAUUUAUAUAUUUAUGAUUUUUUUUUUGUUUGUUUUUUAUCUGGAAUGCAUUACGGAUUGUGACUUCCUUUUCCACCAAUGAGGAAGAAGCAGCUUUUAGCGUCACUGUGGAAUCAUACGUGCAAAGUAAACACUUGCAAAUCAUCUUUAAAAAAAAAAAAACAAAGAAGAAGAACAAACAACAACAACAAAAAAAGCACACGCUCACACGGAGGAAUUUUUCUGGACUUUCAGAAAACAAAACCGUACGGAAAGUGUUUGCAAACUCGACAGUGUUAAGGGAAUGAGUAAGAGAAAAUGCUGCUUUAAGACGAGCGUGACGGAUGGACGAAAGGACGGAUGGAUGCGUUUGUUUUCUAUUCCUCAUUUGGGAUGGUUGAAAUGUGACGUAACAACGAGACAGAAAGAAAUGAAAUUGUGUAUAUUUAUAAUAUUUAUAAACUAAAGAAUUAUCACCAUUAUGCAAUAGACUGUGACAUAAAGAUUACCUAUAGGUGUGCUGUAAAUAGUUUUUGUGGAGCUAGUAUUUACAGAUACUGUGUGGUGCAUUCUCUCUAUCAUAAACAAAUGUCUUACUUCUGUCGGGAAACCCAACUAACCCACCCGCAAACGAUAAAACAGACAAAUGAACCUUAAUGCAAAAAUACGGCAUACUGAUGAACAGGCUUCAACGAGAGUACCAUUUGAAUUUAUUGUUACAGUAUAUACAUUUGUGUUUUUGGGAUGUGGGAAGAAACCGGAGUGCCGGCACGGGGAGAACAUGCAAACUCCACACAGGCGGGGCCGGGGAUUGCACCCGGAUCCUCAGAACUGUGAGGCUGACGCUCUAACCAGUUGUCCACCGUGCCGCCAGGAAGAAUCCAGUGUUGUUGAUUUUUUUUUUUUUUUUUCUGGCAAAUUUAUAAUAUUUUUUAAAUGAUUUUUAUGCUUCUGGUCAACUUAAGACCACUGAAAAACCACUCUGAACAGUAAAAGGUAAAAAAAACAAAAAAAAAACAACAACAACAGUAAAAUAGUUUCAGAGCAAGGCUCCGUAGAGGUAAUGUAAGAAAGCAGUAGAUUUAUUUCAACUUUAGAUGUUGCAUUGCCUAAUAGUUGGUGAUAUUUUCUUUGAUUUUUCCAGUUUUUGUUCAAUUUUAGUUAUCUAACACUAAUCGUGGCAAAUGCUAACUUCAUGCAGAACAGAUUAAGUAAGGGCCAUGCUCAACAUGAAUGAACUGCAAAACAAAUAAAAAUCCCAUGGUGGUGGCCAUUUGCCUCACCAGUUGGCUUUAGCAAGAGGCUCAACGGCAGCAAUGUAAGAAUCCAGUUUUACUACAUUAAUUGUUUUUGUAGACAAUGUUUGGUUGAGUUUGGUACGCCCCCCCCCCCCCUCUCCCAAAUAAAAAUGAAAAAUAUGCACUCUUGUUUGGUGGCGUUGGAGCUUCCUAAAUUCACAGCUUUUGAUAUAUAUAUUCUUGAAUUCUCAUGUUUUCCUCUCCUCUUUACACCGGUUGUUGAGGCUGCUACUUCUCUUGGAUUAAAAGCCAAAGACAAAAUGUGUCUCAUCAAUCCUUUGGCUCUCGCUGGAUUGAGGUCUUGUGAUUUGUCACUCACACAUUGCCUAUUUUCCAAAGAUUUGAUUUCAAUUAUUAACUGUACAACCACCGGAACGUUUGACUUUGUAGAUUCAAUCUCCAAACCUUUUUACAAAUUUAGAGGCAUAUUUUUAGCUUACCAUUUUUGGGAUAAAUUCUGAAUUGGAAACUUCAUGAAUGUUUAACUUGGUAGGUUCUACUGUUACGAUUUUACAAUUGUUAGUUACCGACAGGUGAGACUCUGUUUAACCCAAAUUUGGUGGAUCGUGCCGUAGUAGUCUAUCAGUAUCCUAUGUAAUGUAGCACUAAAGACAAAAUAACAAUAUUUGUAUGAAAAAUACUUCUAGGCCCUAAAUAUAAAACAAUCAAAUAAAAAAGAGUAGCGUAAUUUUAAUAUGAAAUAUUUUUACACCUAGCUAGUUUAUUGCGCGCCGUUCAUAAACUCUAAACUUCAUAUUACAGGACAAUCGUAAACCAAGGACCCCAUUAGUAUUAACAACUGUCAAAAUAGUUGCUUUUGUUUCAGAAAUGGACUAGACAAACAAAAAAGAUUAUUUAAAAGCGAGUCAAUGGAGGUAGCUUGAGAGUUUGUUGCAUUAUGAGAUAGUCCCCUGGAAUCAUUAAGGACUUUAAGCUUUACCGAAAAAUUGGCCAAUGAAAGGCUGCAAAGUGGUCCUGUUUGCAUUAAGGUUCUACGUCUCAUGUGAAUCCUUCCUCGUGGGCUCGGACACACUAAACCAACCCGAAAACGGUCGCAGACCUAUCCAGGCAAAGACCUCGACUCUUUCCAGUUCACAUCUGAUGGAUCGGAGAGGCCGUCAUUAUGGCCUCCAGGGUUACUUAGCGCAUACCGUAAAUACAUUAAGAUGGUUACGCGUGUCCGAGCCCUUUGGGGAAUGAGCUUGUGGCUACAAGUUUGUGUCGAUAGUGAACCGAUACGAUCCCGCCACCGCCGUCAAUGAAAGCAUGCACUGUCACGACAAAAAAAAACAAAAUGUUGACGUUAAAUGUUGAUGUUCGAUUAUGUUAAUUGUCCGUCCGCCUCGCUGUUGUCUGUGCGAGCAUCAACCUUUCACAUGGACAUUCUUUCGUAUUUGUGCCUAAACUAGAGCCAUGUUCCGCUCAUCUUCGGUUCAUCCUGACGUUCCUCUUCUACAUGUUUUAUGUCUCUGUGUUUGUGUUGUUGUUUUCUUUAGACAGGAAAAGUGUUUGGGGCGACGGCCAAAUGUCUCACGGCAUCCAACUUUUUCAAGCAGCUUGUUUACUUUCUCUCUCACAUUCACACUGUAAAGUGGAUUUUUUUUUUGUUUUUAGGGGGAGGGCGAAGAGUGCAAUCUUAACACAGUAAUAUCACGCACGACGAAACAUACAAAAGUUAAGCACCUUUCUUACCUUUUCUUUUUCAUAGCUUAGGCACUGAGGUUUGUGCAAGGAAACUGGCCAAAGCGAGAAAAAAGUAAUUGUCUUUUUGUUGCGAAUUGCACUUUUCAAGUAGAAAACUGAACAUAUUUUUCGGUGGCGGGUUUCCAGCAAUGGGCGCUUAAUUGUGAAUCUGCCAUAGUUACAUAGGAACGAGUGACGACGCAUCGCAGGACUGUUGCUUUCCGUUUUUUUAUCUUAUUUUAUACUUGCCUUCGGAGGGAGUGCUUCCCAACUAUGUGCUUUUGUUUUUAUGUUUUCUUUCCUCACUCUUUAGAUCACAGUUACCAGACGGGCAUUAAUGGCGACGUAAUAAGCUUACACUUUAGCAGCGUAGAGCCCCUCAACAAACCAGCACAUACUGUAUGUUUGUAUGUAUAUUUUCGAUUUUGUUCUUUCUUUUUUUUAGUCAUUGUUCGUCGUUUUGUUUGGUGUACGGGGAAGAAAAAUAGAGAUGCAAAAAGAAUUUUCGUAGAAGACGAGAGCCACAUUUCGGUUUUGAGUUUUUUCGCAGAGGACAAGAAAGAUUAAUGUAACCUUUCUUACAACAAUAUGCAGACAAACAGUGUUUGUCAAAAAAUUCCUUUUUAUUUUUAUUUUGUUUUUGUUUUACUUUAUUUGUAAAUAAUAAACCUUUAAGAUAUAGAAAAUAAACGACAUAUUGUCAUUUAAAAGCGAGUGUGUGCGUGUCAUCGUCUUUUGGAUGCAGGCGAGUCGCCCAAGAACCUGUAGAUGGUUGGGAGAAGGUUCUGGGAGUGUCAGCACUUCCAGGCCCGGGUGAAAUAUUGAAAAUACGUUCGGGAGAGGAUUUCCAUUCAUUACCUUUCAAGUGACAGGACCAAAGUCGUAAAGCUGCCUGUCCCAAAGAUAAAUUCCCUCCCUUGCAGGUCAAAGGAUUGCUUUCUUUGUUCUGAGCAUCGACGGCUUUCGAAGCAAACUUGUCUUGAAUAAAUC